AUGGGUCCGAAAAUUGACCUUGUUGUCGUGUCGCCAAUGCGUCGAAGUCUUCAAACGGCACAACGGGGUUUAGGAUGGCUGAUGGAUCGCGGUGUCCCCGUUGUGCUCCGUCCCGAAUGGCAGGAGAAUUCGGCAAAGCCUUGCGGUACUGGGACUGACAUCCAAGCGAUGAAAGAGGAAUGGCCACAGUUCGACUGGGCUACGGUUGACCCUGAGUAUCCCAACAAGACUGGGCUGUAUAGGUCCUCCAGAACUGCUCUAACCCAACGAGGGAUAUGUGCGAGAAAAUGGUUAAGAAGUAGGCCGGAGAAAGUGAUUGCGGUGGUCUCUCAUGCCGCAUUUUUGAGGAUUGGGGUUAGUGGCAAGCGAUAUGGAAACGCAGAUUUCAGGAUCUUCGAUUUUGCGGACGGGGAUGACCAAGUUGGCGGGAGAUUGGUAGAAUGGGAGUUGACUAAGAAGAAUGGUGGUGGGUUAGGCAAGUCGCCUCACGGGUCGUGUCUCAUCGGAUCUGGGUCCUAUCCUGAAGAAUAUGAGAGGGACAUCAUACAACUUUUCAAUGAGAGCCCGAUAUAG